UGUAGCCAGUGCCAGUGCCGGAUUCGAGCUAGUUGUCGUGUGACCAUGUGGCUCUAGUGCAUUGGAUAGUAUUUUGUUGUUGCUCCGCAUCGUCUGGUCGGGCCUUGUUGUUCGGCGUCUGUGGAUCGGAUCGAUGAGGUGCGGGCGGUCGUCAGGCAACUGCAAAUCCAACAUUCGGCUCCAAACGAUGAUCAACCACCACGAGCAUACAUGACCAUCAAAGGCUGUCGUCCAACCUUGGAUAUGUCUUCGUCUCUGUAGAGCCGGCAAUGAACCCCCGUUCGCUCAUCAAUUGCCUGUACAUAUCCACAUUCUAGGUAGCCGCAGCACAGUUGUGACCGAACAUGUCCCUCACCCUCAAAGUCACCUCGCUGUUCGUCAGGACGCUUGCGAAGCCUGUAGCAAAUGCGAUAAAACGCAAUGCCCAUGAGCACGAACGCUUUCGCCGAAUAUGCGUCAAAUUUGCCCAAGGCCUGCACCGCGUCGACAUGCGUAUGCGCCUAGGCCUCCUUCAAGACCCCGCCGUCAUCGAUCGGCAGAUCAAAAAGGAAGUCGCCUUGGCAGAGGCCAGGCGGAAGGAGGCGGCCGCGCCCACCGUCUUGACUGAGGAGCAGACCAAGGCGGAGGAAACGCUUACAGAGAGGGAGCGGGAAGCGAUCAAGAAGAAGGCAGAAGAAAGGGCCAGACCCCGCAUUCGGCCUCUCUCCGAACAAAAGGCCAUUGAGAUGGGCGCAAACUUUGUCGCUGAAUCCUUCAUCUUCGCUGUCGGUAUUGCAGUAAUCCUCGUGGAGCAGUGGAGGCAAAGGAGAAAAGCCAAGAACGCCAGAGACGAUAUUAGGGAAGACCUAGAGGAGGUGCAGGCUGAACUGAGGGCUGUCAAAGCAGAACUUGAGAAAUUCAAAGCAAAACAUCCUGAGCCCACGUCUUCCAAGCUGUUGGGCUUUUGGAAGGGGCGAGCUGAGGACAAGGGAGCUGAACCUGCAAAAGCCGCAAAGUCCGCGUCUACUGGCACCACAAUCACCGUCGAUUCAGCAGUUCAGGCUGAGAGCCAAACUACCAAACAGCAACCAGCAGACAAGGCCUCGCAACCAAAAGAAUUGGGAAUGCACACACGAGAGACCUGACCAUGACAGCCUAAACCUUCUCUUAUCAUUUUCAUACUCUCCUCUCAUGAUACCCUUCCGGUUGCGGACGUAGGCG